GGAACACAAACGCCAAAUAAAACAUUGAGGUUAUCUCAUGUUGUCGAGGAUAAAAUUCGUGUGUUUAUUUAAAUGUUUUGAAUAAAUUGACCAUAUUAUUGACUAAAACUUGUUAAAAAUGGGUGUAAUGGUUAAUGGUGAUGGUGGAAAAAGUGUGAAAUACAAUUUUUAUAGAAAAGCUGGCAGAAGUAUUAUAGAACGUCGUCCUGUUUUCUCACCGGAUGGAGAGUCAAUAGCAAUAAUUGUUGAGAAUAUAGUACGAGUGUACAAUAUUCAGACGGGAGAAUGUGUUCGUAUACUUGAAACCGAAAGUCCUGUAAAUGAGCUGAUAGCGAUACAAUUCCCUGAAAAUGAGGACUACAACUUGUAUGGAUGUUCCGAUACUGGCUAUGUUACCGUAUGGACUUGGGCAAAUGGGGCUGUUCUUAGAGAAACUAAACUUAAUCUGCCAACAAAUACAAAAGUGCUCACAUUUGACUUAGUCGACAGUACGGAGUGUUGUAUUGUGACGAGUCAACCAAAUAACAAGUUUUUAAACCUCAACACUUACUCUACAAAGACUGGAGAACUACUCUAUGACUAUCGAGAUACAAAACCGAUGUACGGAGACAUGAUAUGUGUGUCCUUAGGAUGGUGCAACGGAGAUAGAUAUGCAGCAGUGAGCAAUGGAACAAAAGUUUUAUCCAUACAAAAUUUACAGCAACCACAUUUAAAAACACGAAUAAUAAAUCAUAAUGGUUACCGAAUAAUGUCAGUGGCGGCCCAUCAGAAAACAAAUGCCGUAGCCAUCACGGACACUUUGGGACGGGCUACGGUCAUAAGAGGGAAUUUAUUUGAUUACAAACAAGUGGCAAGGGAAGUGAUGCAUUGGCAUUUCUUACCACCACUCGCAACUUGUUUCUCCUUACAAGGCAACUAUCUCUACACUGGUGGAAUGGAGAAGGUGCUGGUAAAAUGGACAAUUGGUGACUUAGCGUACAGAGCCAGUGAAAAGAACUUCAUCCCUCGUCUACCGGGCAUGAUAAGGUUUAUCACUACAAACAACACACAUGUCGCCUUGACUUUAACUAAUAAUUCGGUGGUAAUAGCAAACGCUCAGUUGCGCGUGCUGGGCACGUUGUUGGAGUGCGGGGGCGUGUCCCCGGCGUCGCGCGCGGUGGGCGGGGCCUUGCUGCACGUCCCGCCCCUUUCUGCUCUACUCACGGCCGCGCGCACCGGACAUCUACAGCUGUACUCUACUAAUACUGAUAAAGUGCUUUAUAAUUUAGACAUAACGGGAUUGAACAACUUACCAUCAGAAAGGUGGAAUCUAUUGCCUUUAGAAACUGAAGUGACCUGCGCAGCUGUCAGUGGAAACGGAGAUUGGCUGGUUACCUCCGAAUACAGAAACGAUGGCAUAACUUACCCAGAAGAGAAACUAAAGUUCUGGGCAGCACAGUACAAAAACUCCACACCGUUCCAACUCAACACUUGCGUCAACCUAUCCCACGGGGGUUGCAAUGUAGUCUCUCUGUCACUUAACUAUAAAGGCGAUUUCUGCGUAUCAGCGGGCUCUGACCAGAAAUUCAGGAUAUGGAAGAAAGAGAACACAUCACCGUCGAAUAAGGGUAAAAAGUUCGCGUGGAGUUGUUUGACUGCGUGCUAUUACUCGUCGGGGAUUGGUCAGUUCAUAUCGAAUGACGUGCUUAACGGAUUCAAAGAUGGGUUUAAACACAAGCCUGGGAGGGAUGAGGACUUGCCUUACUUGCGGGAAGUUGACAAGAAAGACGAUGUGAUAAAAAAGUUGUUUAAUAUACAUAAAGAACAGUCGUUGGUUAACGAUGAAGCUAAUAGAGUGUGUACGAAGAGAGACAGUGAGUUUGAUAUGGGCGGUGUAGCUAUUUCUCAGGACGGCUCGUUAAUAGCUGCCUGGUUUGGUUGCAAGCUGACCUUAUGGGACACACAUCUAUGUAACCUUAGUACUACGUUGUCUCACCCCGCGUUGAGGCCUAAAGGAGUUCACGUUCAAUUCGGAAACAGGGAUGCUGCACAUUAUUUGGUAUGCACAACAGAAACAUGCCUCGCUGUGUGGAGUCUACUAUCGCUGACUGUGAAAUGGCUCGUACAGAUAAACCCGACUUGUCUAGUCUCACACAGGUUCUCCAAUAAAUUGGCUGUAGUUACAACUAAUAAUGACCUACACGUGUUCUCGCCACACAGCUCGGCUCCCAUACUGACAAAGAAGCGACUACUAGACCCGUCUACGGGAGUGUUCAAGCAAUGCACGUUCGGUACUUGUUUCGAUGACGAAAUCCGAUUGUAUCUAAUGAGGAACGAUUCUGAAAUCUAUUGCUUAGAGCCGGAACAAACAGAGGAGAGUCAUUUAGAAGUGAUAUCCCACCGUAAGCUGCCCACAUCCAACUUCAGCGCGCUGUUGGCCGAGCAACAACUGUCGGAGGUGACGCCGGCAACCGCGGAUGGCAACGUCAUCGAUGUCAAUAACCUCGCCGGCUCUACUAUAGCACAGUUCUCGUUAGCAUCACCACACAUGGUGCCUCCAGUAGGUCUGCUCUGCACAACAUUCCUGCAACGUCUAUCUGGUACCGAAGACAUAGAACAACUUGAUGACACAGAAGAAGACAAACCUAUGGAGAUUGACGAGGACUCGAGUGAUGAUGAAGACGCUAGCUCCAAGCUGAAUGGACCUUACGCCCCCAAGGUCACAGAGUUGUGGACACCCAACUAUGAAGCCGUUAAAGAAAAGAAACUCAACAAAAUGAUGCACGAACCGUUCCUAGAUUUACAUUCUUCUAGUUCAUUGUUUGGUGUUUAGUUUCUAAGUUAGUUUUAUUUGUUAAAUAAAUAUUUUAAUCAUAAUAA